GAGGUAGUCUCGGCUGCAAAAAACUAUAAGUUGAUUUGGAUGUUGAGCCAAUGUUAAUCGGUACUUGGAAUGAUCAACGAAUGUGUUUGAGAUAAACAGUUCUAUUAUGUUCAGUAAUACUUAUCAGCAAGGACUACUCACUGCUUUUUUUGCUGGUGGCAGUAAGCCCUUGGCCAUUUGGAAAACCAAUGUGCGGGAGGGGCACGUGAAACGGGUGAGUGACGAGGACGCAAACGGCAGUCUGGCGCUGGAGAUAGUGGCUUCGAAUGUGGCCACCACCUUCAUCACGUCCCCGCCAGACCUCAGCCCCACCGCCUCGCUCGGCAUACGUCUGCCAUGGAUCUACAUCAUCUUCAAAAAUCUCAAUCGCUAUUUCUCCUUUGAAAUACAAGUUUUGGAUGAAACCAACACACGAAGGAGGUUCCGAAUGAGUAACUACCAGUCUACGACACGGAUACGGCCAUUCACUUGCACCAUGCCUUUGGCGCUCAAUAAAAACUGGAAUCAAGUGCAAUUCAAUCUGGAAGAUUUUGUGCGCAAAGCGUAUAACACGGGGUAUGUUGAGACACAGCGCCUGCAAGUGCAUGCCAACUGCCGAUUGCGGCGAAUAUUCUUCUCGAGUCGAGUGUACACGGCAUCCGAGCUGCCCAUCGAGUACAAGCUCAUCAUACCCAAGUCAAAGUUACAGAAGUCUGAACAGAAACGAACCGAAGAGAAAAACGCGUAAAUUUGAUUGCAUUUGCAGCAUUGAAACCAUCUUUUUACAAAAAAUUUCAAAGUUUGUUAUAUAGCUUUUUCUUCUAUUAACUUAUGAUUUGAUCAGUUUCUAUGAAAUACAAUUUCUAUCAUGAAAUGUGGACCAUAAUUUAUUUUCAUUACAUACUGAGAUGGACAUAAUGGAAUAAAACCGGCCAGUCAAAAAUAUAAAAUAUUCAAAAAUAUUUUCAUUUACCAUUAAACUAGUAGUUCUGUGUACAGUAC